CUUAUAGAAAUCGAUCCAACAUCAUGGAUGAUUCAACAUUUAAAAGGUAAAUUCAAGUUUAUUUUUAGUGAAGUUUUUAAAAAAUGAAGGCAAGUAUGAUUAAUCUCUAGAGCUUUUAGAAUCGAUGUUAGUAUUUAAUCCUGAUAACAUUCGUUUAAUAUUCGAAAGAUUCCAAGUAUCAAAAUACUCUUACUUAGUAAUUUGAUUAAUUAGAUUCUGACUAACAAAUUAAAUAUAUUGACUAUUUAUUGGUAAGAUUUCCCCAAUAGAUAUUUCUCUUUUGGGUUAAAGGCUUUACUUUAAUGAAUUAGAAUAUAUAUGAUGAAGCUUUAUUAACCUUUAAUGCAGCAUUAUCUAAGGAUCCCUAUAAUUUUUGGAUUGCCUCUUUUAAAGGUGAUAAAAAUAUCAUUUUAUAGCAAGUACCCUAUCUGAGUUGAAAAAAUAUUAAGAAGCCGUUGAUCUCUUAUACUCAAUACUUGAUGAAUCCCCAGAGAAUAUAAAAGUUUCAUAACUCAUAAGUCUAAUUCUUUAAUAUUUUAGAUGAAGUCUUAUUUAAAAUGAAUAACAUCAAUGAAUAAGUCGAUUCAAAUGAUGAAACAGAAGUUGAAAAUAUCCAAUCUGACUGAGUAAUGAAUAAAAUUUACAAAAUAAAC